AAGGGUGGGCGGCGGCGGCGGUGUGUGGGGGGUGGGAUCAUGAUGCCGUGAUGCCUCGGGGCAGAUUCUCAAAGCCCGAGGCAGCUCCGUCUCCAUCGUCGUCCGAACGUCGGUCACCGGCAGCAGCAGCAGCGGCGGCGGCGGCAGCGGGAGAUAAAAUCAGCGGCGCAGGCACGGGAGGGCGCCCGCGGGACCAUGCGGCCGAGGCGGCGAGCAGGACGGGGCCAGCGAUGCUCGCCCGGCUCCUGGCGGCCGCGCUCUACGGCAUCAGCUCCUUCCUCAUCGUGGUGAUCAACAAGAGCGUGCUCACGGCCUACAGAUUUCCGUCUUCUAUAUCCCUGGGCAUCGGACAAAUGGUGGCCACGCUCGUGGUGCUGUAUGCUGGCAAGCAGUGCGAUGUGGUCUCCUUCGCUGAUCUGGACCGGAGUGUCCUUCGCAAGAUCUUCCCCUUGCCUCUGAUCUAUUUAGGAAACUUACUGACAGGGCUGCUGAGCACAAAGCGACUAAACCUUCCCAUGUUCACUGUGCUGAGAAGAUUCUCGAUUCUCUUCACAAUGAUCGCGGAGGUUAUCGUGCUCAAGAAGAAAGUGUCAACCUCCGUGCAGCUGACAGUGAUGACCAUGAUCCUGGGUGCCUUCGUUGCAGCUAGCUCUGACCUGGCCUUUGACCUCCAGGGCUAUGUCUUCAUCCUGCUCAACGACAUCUUAACAGCCGCCAAUGGAGUUUACAUAAAGCAGAAGCUUGAUACGAAGGAGCUGGGCAAGUAUGGGCUGUUGUUCUACAACGCGCUCUUCAUGAUCGUGCCCACGAUGCUGAUAGCGCACGUCACUGGCGACGUGGACAAGGCUUUGGAGUUUUCUGGCUGGGCUGAUCCUCUCUUUGUCGUACAGUUUCUCCUCUCCUGCAUUAUGGGGUUUGUUCUCAUGUAUUCCACUGUGCUGUGCACUCAGUGGAACUCUGCCCUCACCACAACCAUCGUGGGCUGCAUUAAGAAUGUCUUCAUCACUUAUAUUGGGAUGGUCUUUGGAGGGGACUACAUCUUUUCGUGGACUAAUUUUAUUGGUCUGAACAUCAGCAUUGCGGGCAGUCUGGUGUACUCCGUCAUCACGCUGCGUGGCGAGCGGGCGCAGGCCAAGCAUGCGUCUAAUGGCCUUGGAGAUGCGCGCCUGCGCACCACGGUAAAGAAGAAAAAGUGAAGACGGAGAAGGGGGGGACCAAGCGGAGGGUCACAACUCUUAAAAUUCCACACUUCAAGAAAGUGUUUCCUUUUACUAUUGAUCUCUGCAUGUCAAGAUUUGCAUUGCCAAUAGCUGAACGUACUGAUGGUUUUGUGAAGCUACUGGAAGUUAAAAUAUUUCCUAUAUUUUAAUGCACAUUUCAAAGAAUUGAGUGAAUCUGGUUGAUUAUAACUUUGGGAACAAAAUACUGUUUGUACAAUGGGAAAUGCGUUGCUUACAUUUUGACUGAAGGAAUUUUGAUUGUCGAUCAAAUAAAAUCAGCAAAUCAAA